CCCAUCUUCCUACUCUACUUCUCGCGGGUGAAUUCGUUAAAUGUCUCCCAGAGAUGCAUGCACGACACUGCGACGUUUCUCUCUGAACUCAGCAAGGACUCGCCAGCAAAGUAUGCUGUUCUCAUGUAUGAUGCGUUUGGGAAGCUGGGUAGCAAUGUGGAGGCCGGUAAUGUGAACUGGCCCGGCUCUCUACACGAGUGCUUGUCUGUGGCGGCACCGCAUUUCAAUGGACAAUACUGCCAAGUGUUCCUCAAACAGGAAGACAUCGGAUACUUUGUGGGGAUUUGUGUUCCUGACUCGUGCAUGGAGGACGAUGUCGAGACUCUGGUACUUGACGAUAUGCUUGAGUGGAGAGGGGGGUCCCUCAUACCUCUGGUGCCAUCUGUGUUUCUGUCUGAGCCCUCUGUCAGCGUCAUCUGGACCCAGUGCAGAGGUCCACACAAUCCACCUAUCCAGCCCUUCACUGUUAUCUGCCUGUGUGUGUGCUGUGUGAUGGUGUUACUCCCCCUGGUAGCCAGUCUCUAUGUGGCUCUGGUCAAGUGGAGGGGGCGGAGAGAGGUGUCCCCAAGCCCCAACACCCCCCUGACCUCUGACCCCGGUCUCUAUGGCAGCCUGGUGUCCAACGGCGGCUCUCCGGCCACUGACCAACCGGACAGCGCUAGCGUCGAGGAGGCCGCCUCAAACACAGAUGGGAAAACUGGCAAAGAGUGCAGUACAAAGAGCUGUUUGCUGUCCUGUCUGCAGUCUCUCUCCCUGCAGGGCGCCAGCAGCAGUGUGUGUGGGGGGGUGUUGGGCAGCAGCUCUGGGUCCUGCAGCAGGGCGGGGGCCAGCAGCAGCAGCAGCAUCCUCAGCUACCCCUCCCUAAAUGGCAUCCGCAUCCUCAGCCUCCUCUGGAUCAUCUCUGGCCACAGUGUCCAGCUCACUUCAUGGACCAACCUGGAUAAUGCUAAGCAGUGGAGAGCAGAUGUGGAGAGGGACCCUUUCUAUGUGUUUGCCUUCAGUGGCCCUGUGUACCUGGCGGUGGACACCUUCAUGCUGUUAGGGGGUCUACUGAGUGCCAAAUCCCUCUUGGCCCUCAUUCAGAGAUCGGACGAUAAACUCAACCCAGAACUGGUGGCACAUUUCCUGUUCAAAAGAUUCAAGAGGGUGCAGCCUCUCCACCUGUUUGUGGUGUGUCUGGCUGUUGGCCUCUAUUCUGUGGUGCCGCAAGGGGCUUUCUGGAUUAUCGCUGAUGACCAGCUCCAUGACUGUCAGAGAUACUGGUGGUCCAAUCUGCUGCUGGUCAAUAAUCUACUCACCACCACGAACAUAUGUGCACCCUGGACCUGGUACUUGUCCAUCGACUUCCAGUUCUACAUCACCACGCCUAUACUCAUAUCAAUAUACAGAUGGAAUCAGAAGGUGCUUGUAGGUGUGUCCGGCAUCCUGUUUGUGUUUUCAUGCCUGUCAGGAGCUUUUCUCACAGCCAUCCUCCACCUGCCAGUUCAUCAGCCCACCACCCUGCUAUAUAAGAGCUACUUCCAGUAUUAUUACAACAAACCAUACACCAGAUAUGGACCCUACCUAGUGGGAAUCCUGGCUGGGAUUUACAUGGCAAGCAAAAGUGGCCAUUUUGUGAAACAUCAGUGGCAGGCAGCAGUGGGCUGGUUAUGCUCUCUGUCUGUGAUGGCUGCUCUGGUGGGCCUGGCCUACUACCUUAGGGAGGUUCCUCCAGGCCCGUCCCUGCCACACGCUCUCUACCAGGGGGUUCAUCGCACACUGUGGGCCCUGGCUGUGUCCUGGAUCAUCUUGGCCUGUGAGGAGGGCUACGGAGGGUUUGUGGGCAGGUUUCUGUCUAUGCGUGGUUGGGUUCCUCUGUCCAACAUCAGUUUUGCAUGUUACCUCAUCCACCCCGUCCUCAUCAUUCUGUACAAUGGCAAACAGGAGACAACCAUUCACUACACCGACCUGAACUUUUUCUACCUAUUCCUGGGCCACACGGCGUUCACUGUGUGUCUGGGCUACGUGCUGACGGCCCUCAUCGAGAAGCCCUUCCUCUUCCUCAAACGCAGCCACGCCAAGUCAUCAUGACAGCCCAUGAAACGCAGGCUCUCAUGGAGGAAAACACAAUAUCGAUUAAAACAUUUUUUUGUAUAUGUACCAUUUUCUGAAUAGGAAAUAUUGAUUUGAACUGAGCUGAAUCAAACCUGAAUUUAAUUGAAUUGACAGCACAAAAAUUGUCUUUAGCCAAUACAAUGUAGCCUACAACUUUAGCACAGACCAGUACUUUUCAAGUACCGUCACUCUUCUGGAUAUCCACUGUUCUCUCUGCCUUCUUGUCUAUUGUUCACCUUGCUGCUAUUUAAUUGUCAUUUCCUUCUCCUUUACAUCUUUAUGCUAGUCAUUUCUCCUUAUUUCUUCAUAAAUCCUGGGGUUUCAUCAUCAUUCUGAAGGCCUAUUCUGCAGAACCUUUUUACCUCUAAGUGGCCAUUAACACGGCACUUCUGAUGUUCAAGUAGCCAUAGUUUUAUGCAUUCCAUUUUUUUCUGUGUGUGAACCUGUAAUUAUAAUCCAUUCUGUUCUUGAGUGCAUGCUCACUGCACUGGUGAUGUCAGUGAGCAGUGUUGGUUGGCUGUGGGCAGUUGUGUGUCAAUGACGCCCUCUAGCGGCCACAUGGAGUAACUGAAUAACAACAUCUAUCCAUAGGUGAAAGUCUUAGUAGGCAGACACAAAAUAAGAAUAUGUUAUUCAUAGACAUUUAUGUUCAUAUUAUAGCAUGUGUUACAACAAAGAGGAAAACUAUAUGUGCUACGAAAUUGAUAGCUAUAAAAUAACAUAAAUCGUUUUCAUUAUAUGAUGAACUUUUAAAACUUAUCAAGCAAAUCAAUUUGCUCUAUUCAUGGUAAUCACAUGUUGUCAACUAUUCAGUUCAAAGACGUGUCAAAAUGAUCCCGCUACUGUACCUGUAGGGGCCUACUCUUCUGAGGCAGGAGCCGGUGAGAGCUGUCAUUGUUAAGUGCGGAGGGCAGCUAGCUGACCCAAUUGUCUGGGCCUCCAUGCCAUUGCGUGACAGGGGGACUGCGCUGCUGCCUCUGCCUCUGCACCUGUGCCAAAGCUGCGUGUUUGAGACUCUUAAUUGGUUUCAAAAUAGCUGUGAACAGACGCAACAGUAACACAUGGUAGAGAGGUCCUCUUGUCUCUCUGGGAAUACAGGCAUACACAAACCUUGUGUAGGCACAUUCUCUCUGUGUUUGUCCUCUCCGUUUACGUAACAUCAGAAAAACAAAUCUAUUAUUAAUAUAAAGCUUUUACACCAAUGCUCACCUUUGUGUCAUUGUUAUCCUUUUAUGCCAAUGUGGGUAUGUUAGCAGCGUUCGAGUAGCCAAGGCAAAGUAGAAGAAGUACAUUAUUCUGCCUGGUGAGCUGGUCAAGCACAGCUCUGUUGGAGAAAACCAAAAAGGAAAACAAAACCCGGUCUUCAAUCACAAGACUUUAUUUCUUUGGAAGGGUUGCUGUGUCAUGGUGAUUGUGUUGGUCAUUACCUGCAGUUUAUCAGUUUGAACCGUACAUGUCUAUGGUUUGAAUGCCAACUGUGAGGUCUGGACAGUUUUGCCCAUAUGGUGCUAGGAUACUGUAUAUAUAUAUGUAUCAUGGCAGCGUUUGAGCUAAAUAAUGAAUGAUACCCCAUGUCAGGGACAGGGAGUGAUUUGAUUUCAUUUGACAUUUUUUAUUGACACAGCACAAUGUUAAAAUACAAUAAAAUAAAGUAAAAUGUUGCUUAUGUACAUUAUGUGCCUUUGUACAUUAUAUUGGACACCAGAU